AUGCUGCUACAUUACCAUGUUCAAAUGAAUUCGUACGACUUUCGAGAUUUUCCACACAUGGCGACAUCAGAUAGUGUGGGUCAAACGCCUGAGGUGAACCUGUUAUGGCAGCACAACCGACGCCUUCUAUUCGACAGUUUGGAUGCUCUCGAGGGCGAAAAGACCAUUGUGUGGGAUAGAAGUCUUAUGCAAAGAGUCAACCUGUUCGCCGGUCCCUCCGUGCUGAAGACCCACGGCGUGGUCAGCAAUUUAGCGCUUGACCAAUUUCGUCCACCAGACACCCCAUACGUCAUCUUCUUCCUGGCGCCUACAUUGGCUGCAUUAGAUGGACUGUGUGAAUACAUCGACAAAUCCAAAGCUGAUACGAAAACAUUGUUCGAAGUGUUCUUCAUUCCUGAGGCAUGGUACGUAGUUCGUGAGAAGCUGAAGGAAUUGAACGGCGGAAAGUACUGGGAGCGGUUGGAAUCGGUACGCGAGCUUCCUCUCACUUGGUUGCCUCGUGAUGGAAAUGCUUUAUCCUUAGCAGAUCACAAACUCCCGUCUAGGCUGCUGAUUAAUGGUGACUGGACUCAUUUGCAUCGUUGCGCAGUGGCAGUGCAUCAACUAUUGGCAUUAUGUCCGCAGUCAGUACCCAUCUACAGUCGUGGAAAAUGGGCUCAAGAUGUUGCUCGAAUGGUGCACAAAAUGGGACCCUGCGACAGUGAGCAGCAAUCUCCUCAAUUGCGUUUGAACCGCUUAGUGAUCAUUGAUCGUUGGAUUGACCCUCUCACACCAUUUUUACAUCAACUAACUUACGGUGGUAUGCUUGACGAGAUAUAUGGCAUCAGCAUGGUUGGAUCAAUCAAGGUUCCAUUGGCUGAAUUCGAAAACAACGACAAUGCUGACCCAUUUGCUCUCAAAGAAAUACACCUGAACGAUGAGGUAUUCUAUCGGCUCAAACACGUGCAUAUUAAUGCCAUUGGUUUCGAACUCGCAAAAGUACUGGCAGAAAUAAAAGAGGAUGAAGAGUUUGACCGCGACCGUAUGUCUGUAGCUGAGUAUCAAGUGCUUGUAAAGAAGAUGCCUCAAAUUCUCCUAAAGAAGAAGCUCUGCAGUGUGCACAUGCGAUUAGCUGAGAUGGCGCGAGCGCAGCUUUACGAGUCAUUUGCUGAUUACAUCCGAGUGGAAAAAGAGCUACUGGAGUCUGCUGCAAACGAUAAAGUACACCCAUUCAUUGAAGAGCUCAUUAUCAGCGGGGAUGAUGUGAACGCCGCAAUUCGACUCGUCGCUGCUCAUGCGCUUGCGGCUAACGGGCUCAAGCCAUCCGUCCUUUUGCAAUACAGACGUAUGGUUAUGCAGAGUACGCAAGAUGCUGCAUAUGCGUACAGUGGUUAUGCUCCACUAAUUGUUCGAAUACUCGAGGAGGGAGAUCGAGUAAGAUGGGCUGGAUGGAACAAGACAUCCGAGAGUACUAUUGGUGGUGACGAUCGCACGGCUGUGUUCAUCGUGGGUGGUGUAACGCGAGCAGAACUUGCCGGAAUUCGACUCAUGCCCAAUGUGUGCCUCAUACUGACAUCAUCGAUUAUAACCGGCAACAGACUUAUCGACGGUAUCACACAGAUAUGA